AUAUUGGCAAAGGAACACAUUCCUUUGACACAAUCCUAUGUAACCUCUCAAUCUAUGUUUCCUCCUUCCUUUAUAUCUUUGUUGUUUUACCUUAACAGUUUUCAAUGCAUCAAAAACAAUGGAACAAGAUUGUGGUGCUUUUACAGCAGAUUGUGUUGUCCUCUGUUGCUGCUGUGAGUGCUUUAUCCUACAGUUCUUUAUCUUCAUCUUCUACAAGAUGCCUUCUAAAGUUGCUCACAAGAUGAAGAGGUUUGUCAUCAGGAGGCUGCUCAGAGGAAAGAAGAGAAGAUUGCUGCCUGCAAAGGAUGAGGAUUGCAGAGAAGAGGAGCGUUUGCCUGGUGAUGUCUCCAGAGUUAGUUGCAUGGAAGAUAUUGAGGAGAUGUUGCAUGAGCUCUCCAUGGAGGGAGAGUUUGUGUUUGGGAGUUUCUGGCGUCAAGGAGAGACUACAAACGAUUUUGACUUCGGAAACUCACAAUAUGAAAUAGAAGAAACCAAUGAUCAUCCUUUGUCAUUGCUCAUCACACAAGAUGUCUUCAUUGCUCUAAGAAUGACAAUAUAUUAA